AUGGCCCCUGCUGAAAGAAAGCCAAAAGAAGCCGAAAAGUUUCGGCUUUUUUUCUUUCGGCUAAGCCGAAACGUUUCGGCUUUCUCCGAAACUUUUCGGCUAACCCGAAAGAAGCCGAAACACUUUUGUUUCGGCUUUCUUUCAGCAUUCAGAAAGCCGAAACGCACAUCCCUAGUGACCAUAUGUAAACCUUUACAUUACCAGGUGCUGAUGAAUCAGGGAUUCUGUACUAAACUGGUUUUCUUUUUAGCAACUACUGGUUUUCUUUUUUCUACAAUUGAGACAAUUUUCGUAUUUACCUUGCCGUUCUGCGGGCUGAAUAAAAUCAAUCACUUCUUUUGUGAUAUAGCACCUUUACUUGAGCUAGCCUGUGCCAGAAAUUAUAUAGGAGAAGCUGUCAUUUUUCCUAUUUGUUUUUUGGCAGUAUGUUGCUCAUUCUUUCUGAUCCUUCUGUCCUACAUUUUAAUCUUAAACACAAUCCUGAAAAUCCCCACCACAGAUGGGAAACGGAAAGCCUUUUCAACAUGUGCUUCUCAUCUUAUUGUGGUUAUCGUGCGCUUCGGAUGUAUUUCCAUUAUUUACUUGAGGCCCCAAUCCAGGUAUACUUUGAAUGAAGACACAUUGAUCUCUGUUACGUACACGCUAGUGACUCCAUUGCUGAAUCCGGUUGUUUACAGCUUGAGGAACAAAGAUGUCCAAGUAGCACUCAAGAAAUCCCUGGGCAGGAGCACGUGCACCGAAAAGAUAUGAGAAGCUCUUUGAGCUUGCUGUAAGUCCAGUGACACCUUAAGAAGAACACCAUCCAUGCUGGUAUGAGCUUUCAAAAGACAGCUCACUUCCUUAGGUACUAUUACCUUAGUUUUACAGAACAUUACAGGGAGGGAGCAGGAAAGAUGGAGGAGUUUUGCAGAGAGAGGCCUAAUAUAAUAAAUCCAGUGUAAUUCUUUAUGUGGGAACUUGAACCCCUAUGUGGGGUAGUUUCGAUGGGAGAGAUUACAGGUUCUUGCAUGAGGUGAAGAUAAACAAAAGUGCAAUAAAAUAAAUGACAAAUUAAUUAAGGAAGAGAUCGUGGGAUAUAUGAGAAAACAACAUCAGUAAAGGAUUACAGUAUGAUGUAAUAGGUGAAGAACAGGGUGUUAAAAUUAUUAAAAAGAGUCCUCAGUUUAAGCCAGAAUGACAGAAGGUGUUUAUUUUCUGGACAAGUUCUAAUUCAGCCCUUUCAUGUGGCAUAUUCCUUAUGAAGUUUUUCUGUCGAACAGGGGCUUUCAGAUCCGCAACAGGAUGUCCAGAGAGAUUAACAAAAAAGAGUCCAGUAGCAUCUUUGAGACUAACCAACUUUACUGUAGUAUAAGCUUUCGAGAAUCACAGUUCUCUUCGUCAGAUGCAUGGAGUAUAAGAAAAAACUGGUCAGGUGGAGAGGGGAGUAGAUCAGGUGGAGAGGGGAGGGGGGAGUAGAUGCAAUCAGUAGCUUCUGAUAAUGGGAUCAGUUACUUCUGAUAAUGAGAUAACCAUUCGUAGUCCCUAUUCAAUCCAAGCCUGACUGUGUCAAAUUUACAUAUGAAUUCCAAUUCAGCAGCUUCCUGUUGGAUUCUGGUUUUGAAAGGUUUCUGUUGAACUACAGUGACCUUUAAGUCCUUGAUGAAAUAUCCUGGUAGAUUAAAGUGUUCUCCCACUGGUUUCUGGAUGUUGCCAUUUUUAAUGUCAGCUUUGUGUCCAUUUAUUCUUUUGCACAGACGUUGGCUGGUUUGUCCAAUGUAAAGAGCAGAUGGACAUUGUUGGCACAUGAGGGCAUAUAUCACGUUGGAAGAUGAGCAGCUGUAAGAGCCAGAGAUCGUGUAGUUGACGCCAUUGGGUCCUGUAAUUGUAUUUCCUGAGUAGAUAUGAGGGCAGAGCUGGCAUCUGGGUCUGUUGCAGGGCCGGGUACCUGUGUUGGCGACUCUGCUAGCUGAUUCAUGGUUGUAGGUGAGAAGUCAUUUAAGGCUGAGGGGCUGUCUGUAGGCAAGGAAAGGUCUUCCAUCCAGGACUUGUGAGAGUGAGGCAUCAUUUUCCAGGAUGGGUUGUAGCUCACGGAUGAUAUGUUGGAUGGGUUUGAGCUGGGAACUGUAGGUGACAACCAGUGGUGUUCUGUUGUUAG